UAUAAUAAAAAUAAUAACAACACCUGCCCAAAAUAAAUUGGUAAUAAUAAUUAGAUUAUAAAUUUUAAAAAUAAAAAAAGAAAAGAAGAAACCUUGUCCUUAUUUAUCACCGUAAUCCAUAUAGACAUGUCACCUUCAAAUAAAAAAUCACAUUCCCACUGAAGUUCAUGAACCACACAAAGAUUUACAUAGGAUUUUCGUGUAGGGUCUAAUGAUCUUUGUCACCAUCCUCAAUGCCUAGUCCACCUGUUACACUUCUCCAACUUUCUAGACAAUUGAGUCUAGAAAUUUCCCUCUUCUAAAACCUCUUUUAAAAUCACUUACCAUGAGUUCUUUGUCUUUGAAUUUGAUAGUGUUCAAAAUUCUUCAAUGGCUACCACUCUCUCCACCACCAUUUCAAAUUCUUCUUUGUCACAAUGCAGUCCUAAACACAAUGACAAGAAGCAAAACAGUUUAGGUAGUAAUCUUUCAUGUUCAUUUUCUUUUUCAUUCAGUUCAAGCAACAAGCCAAGAAAGUAUGUAAAGUUUAUAACAAAAAAUGAGCAAGAAAGUGAGGCAAGAAAAAGGCUAUUUAUAUCAUGUUCACCAAAACAUUCAUUUGGCCAAAAAACCCGGUUGUCAUCUUCAAUUGUAACAAAAGAAAACUUGCUACCACCUAUUAAAUUGUCAGCUAAAGAGGAGCAAGAAAGUGAUCAGAGUUCAUGUUCAGUGGCUGUGGUUGCUGAAAAGACUGAAACUGAAACAGAAAAGAGUGAGGACAGUAACUCAAAGGAGGAUAAAAUAGAGAAAGAGAAACAGCAAGAAAUGGAUUGGAAGACAGAUGAAGAGUUCAAGAAAUUCAUGGGAAGUCCAUCAAUUGAGGCAGCGAUAAAGUUGGAGAAGAAGAGGGCUGAUAGGAAGCUCAAAGAACUUGACAGAGAAAGCAGUGAUAACCCACUCGUGGGGUUUUUUAAUAGACUACUUCGUGAUAGUUUAGCUAGAGAGAAAGAGAGAUUGGAGAUGGCUGAGGAGGCUUUCAAGGCCCUUGAUCUUAACAAGUUAAAGAGCUGUUUUGGAUUUGAUACAUUCUUUGCAACUGAUGUUAGAAGAUUUGGUGAUGGUGGGAUUUUUAUUGGUAAUUUGAGAAAACCCAUUGAAGAAGUCAUUCCAAAACUGGAGAAAAAAAUAUCUGAAGCAGCAGGGAGAGAGGUUGUUAUAUGGUUCAUGGAGGAAAGGAAUGAUAACAUUACAAAACAGGCUUGUGUAGUCCAACCAAAGUCAGAAAUGGAUCUCCAGUUCGAGUCGACAAAGCUAAGCACACCAUGGGGUUAUAUCAGUGCUGUAGCAUUAUGCGUUACAACUUUUGGGACAAUUGCUCUGAUGAGUGGCUUUUUCUUGAAACCAGAUGCGACUUUCGAUGACUAUAUAGCUGAUGUUGUUCCCCUCUUUGGGGGCUUCCUCUCCAUUUUGGGAGCUUCUGAGAUAACAACAAGAAUAACAGCAGCUAGAUAUGGUGUUAAACUGAGCCCAUCGUUUCUUGUUCCAUCCAAUUGGACAGGAUGCCUAGGAGUCAUGAACAACUAUGAGUCAUUACUUCCAAACAAGAAGGCCCUUUUUGAUAUUCCAGUAGAACGUACAGCUAGUGCAUAUUUGACAUCACUAGUGCUGGCAAUUGCUGCUUUUGCAGCAGAUGGUAGCUUCAAUGGCGGUGACAACGCACUGUAUAUAAGGCCAGAAUUCUUCUACAAUAAUCCCUUGCUUUCUUUCAUCCAAUACGUUAUUGGACCUUAUACAGAUGAUCUUGGAAACGUAUUGCCUUAUGCAGUUGAGGGUGUUGGUGUUCCUGUUGACCCUCUUGCUUUUGCUGGACUUUUAGGAAUGGUGGUAACUUCUUUGAAUCUUUUGCCCUGUGGGAGACUCGAAGGAGGCCGCAUGGCGCAAGCUAUGUUUGGAAGAAGCACAGCAACUCUUCUUUCUUUUGCAACAUCACUUUUGCUUGGUAUAGGUGGUUUGAGUGGAAGUGUUCUGUGUUUGGCUUGGGGAUUAUUUGCAACCUUCUUCAGAGGAGGAGAGGAAUUACCUGCUAAAGAUGAGAUUACACCUUUGGGAAGUGAUAGAUAUGCUUGGGGCAUUGUUCUUGGCCUUAUUUGUUUCCUCACCCUUUUCCCCAAUGGAGGAGGAACAUUCUCCAGUCCAUUUUUCAGUGAUCCAUUUUUCAGGGGUGAUCUGUAGAAAAAUGUUACCUUCUUGUAUGAUAAUGUUUGGUAUAUAAUUGUGUACAUAUUCAUAUUCCUUUACAUCUGAAGCAAAUAGUUUAUUGAUUUUAUAAGAUGGAUGGAAAAAUAGAAAGACAAAGUAAUAGAAUCAUAUGACACUAUUAUGUCAUAAUAAUUUUAUUUUAAUCGUUAAAAAAUAAUUUAUUAUUUUAUUAGUAAA